GUUGUUUGGUUAUUUUUUUUUUUUUUUGUCCUUUACUGAUAAGAAGCGACGCAAUUAGAUUGUACCAAUAAAUGCAAAACUUCGCUCAAAAUGAGCGGCAACAUACACGGCAUCAGUUGGUUUCCCAACUUCCCCGACAAGUUUGUCUCAUGGGGCCAGGAAAUCAAUUUAUAUGAAGUGCGCAGCAAGGAGGACUUAACACAGAAAAGUCGCCUGACCAACAUUCCGGGCAACUAUUUGUCCAACGAGACACGCUAUCAGUACGCCCGCUGCGUGGCCACCUCCUACCACAGUGACCAGCCGAUUAUUGCCGUCGGCCUAGCCGAUGGCAAAAUCGGCAUCUGUAACUUUCGAGACACCUACGACAGUAGCUGGGAGUACACGCCCCGACAACAGCGCAUGUGCACUUGCCUUGCGUGGAAUGAGCUGGAUGCAAAUAUACUGGCCAUUGGCCACGAUCGACAUCGUUCCGAUUCCUGCAUCACGAUUUGGGACAUUGAACACGGCGUUCCCAAGGAAACAUCUAAUUUCUUUGGCCUGGCCGAGGCGGCAAACUCUCUGUGCUGGGAUCACAAUCACCGCAUGCUCAUAGCUGGCAUGAGCCAGAAACUGAUCAAGCUCUUCGAUCUGCGGCAGAGCAACACCACCUGCCAGUCCAUUCAAACGAAGACAGUGCAGGGCUUAUCCGUGGCGCCCAAUGGGAACUACCUGUGCAGCUAUGUGGACUCGCUUAUCAUGCUAUGGGAUCUGCGCGCCAUUGAGCGACCAUUGCGACAGAUUCAAUCGUCAAGGAAUCACAUGCAGAUUAGCUGGUGCCCCACCCGCACGUCGCUGCUUUCGUCGCUGCAGCGCGACUCGCCGUACAUCACGCUCUACGAUAUUCGCAGCGUGGACAACGAGUCCUGCCGGGAGGUAUAUCAUGUGAAGCGACAGAUAAGUCCCUUUCCAGCCAAAUAUCAGCACAGCGGCAAGUUUGCUGCAGUCAAUUGGCUUUCCUGGCAUCCGCGCGAUUUUGAACGAGCCUUGCUGCUGGCGGAUGCCCUCAAUAUAUUAGAUUUCCGGCUGCCCGCCAGCUUGCAUACGGCAUAUAGCAAUCGCAGCAAGCUGCCUCUGCUCAUGCAGCGCCCUCUUUAUGCGCCAGCUGCAGUUGCCUCCUCCACAAUCAGCCAGCAGCCAACUACGAGCAGCUGUAGCACGAACAGUGCCAGCAGCUCUCUCAACGAGUACAACGUUGGUUCCUCUUUGAGCUUUGAUUUUCUGGAGCGCGAGCUCUUCGAAGAGGAUCUGUUGGAGGAGACGCGACAGCGUGCACUGCAGGACUACGGCAUUAAGCCGGAUAACAAGCGCUUUGCUGAACAGCAUCUGAGUCCGUAUCUGCGCAAUGUUUGGGCCACCCUUAACAAUGUGCACAGCGAGGAUCGCUUAACCGGCUUGAAGGCCACGCUCGGCAUCAAUCUGGGCCAUACUUCGGAGGCGCUGAUGGCUAGCUCACGCAUUGAAUCACAGCUGCUGCAGUGGCCCGAUGGCAUCAAUAACUCCAACAAACUUAUUUCCUAUCGGAGCGAACAGCGGGAUCUGGCUUUACAGUUAUGCGGUUGGUCCUUUGAGCACGAGCUGGACCGCUUCAUUGAUGAGCUGUACGCGAACAAAGAGUUCAGUCGGGCGGCAAUGAUCUGUGUAUUCCAUUUGAAGGUGCUGGCCGCUUGCAAUAUCUUAUCCCGGGCAGCGGACAAGAUGCGCGAUCCCAGCAUGUAUCGGAUCACAGCGAUUGCGUUGUCCAGCUUCAAUGCAGAUCGCUGCAGCUCCACGUGGCGCAACCAGCGCUCUAGUGCGAACAUGCAAAUUCAGGAUCCGCACUUGCGGGCCAUCUUCUCAUUCCUUACCAUGGAAGCGGACAAUUUCGAUGCGGUGCUCAGGGAAGAGGGCGUCUCCUUGGCAGAUCGCGUGGCCUUUGCCUGCAAAUAUCUGUCGGAAACGAAGCUAACCGAGUACGUCAAGCAGCGCAUUCAGCGUGCCAUCGAAUGUGGAGAUCUAAAUGGACUGCUGCUUACCGGCGAAUCCUUGGAUGGCGUUAAUAUACUCCAGGCUUACAUGGAUGCCAGCUUUGACGUACAAACGGUCGCGCUGGUGGCCAUCAAUUACUUCCGCAACGAGCAUUUUGCAGAUAAUCGCAUCCAGUACUGGAUAUCCAGCUACUUAGACUAUCUCAACAGCUGGGGCCUGUGGGAAAAGCGAGCGGAGUUGGAUAUUAAAAUAGAGAAUAUACGCGCUUCGACGAGAAGCGCACGCACCGUCUACCUAUCGUGCAACUUCUGUGGUAAAUCUGUGUCGAAUGCGCUGCUGGAUGAGCCGCGACCACGAAGCACAAGCACCAGCACAAAUCGCUUAUCUUCAUGUCCCAGUUGUCGCAAGCCGCUGCCACGUUGCUCACUCUGCCUGAUGCAUAUGGGCACCAUGAUAAACACGACCGCUAGCGAAAAGACAUCAACAGAGCUACAGGGCAGCUGGCAAAUGAAGCCGUUUUCCAAGUGGUUCUCCUGGUGUCAAACGUGUCGCCACGGUGGCCACACCGAGCACAUUGUUCAAUGGUUUAAGCAGAAUUCGGAGUGUCCAGUGUCGUCUUGCAACUGUCGCUGCUUUGACUUGGACGGCACCAAACCAAACGCUUUGCGUGAUAUUUCCUAAUCGCUCUACAGACUUUCAACUACAAUUACAUUUAUACAACAUAUACAAAACGCCCACGCCAUAUGGUUCGCCUUAAACUGACAAGUGUUCAUUGUACUUAGACAACGGCAAAUCUGCCCGUAGCUUAAGUUUAUUAUGACCUACAGCUUUUAGCUGCUCAAUUGCAUUUUAUACCUACAUAGAUCAAAAUAGAAGCACACAUGUACAUGACGAAUGGAAUCCGCCAAAGCAGUUCAAUCAAUUCAAAUUCAAAAUAUUUUAUAUACUUACAACACUG